AUGUAUACAACAAAACCAAAAACAGAAUAGAGAACUACUUUUUCAUCGACAUUCACGCGUACACAGAUCGUUUUCUCUUCAAACAAACCCUAGCACCAAAAAUCUCCCAAAAAAAAUUCCCCCUUUUGAUCCAAUUUUUACUUCUUAUCUAUUUUUUUGUAAUUAAUUCAACCAAAACUCCUUUUUUUUUAAAAAUUUCUGAACCUAACUGAUGAUGUCGUUUAGGGUUUUGAUGAAGAAAACACAGUGAUGUACAAUUCGGAUUCGGGUUGUUGUUCGAUUUAUAUGGGUAAAAAAGAAUGCCGGAGUUGCGGAGUGGGGUUGUACGUAAGCGCGGUGGAGCUCAAGUAGCAGCGACGAAAAAGAAAAGAGGCGGCGGUGCUGUUGGUGGUCGGUGUUAUAUUAAGACUCGGGCUGCGAAGGCCAAAGAAGCAGCAGCUGCAGAAGCUAAUAAGGUGGUUGUGGCGGUCGAGGUGAAGGAGAAGGAGAGAGUAGAGGUAGAAGAAGUUGAAGAGGAGGAAAAGAUGGGGGAUGAGAGUGGCGGUUUGAGUGCUAAUAAUAAUAACAAUAAUAAAGCGACUGCACAAGAAGAUGAUAACGCUAAUCUUUUUCCUGAACAGGUGCAAGUAGGAGGAUCACCCCUUUAUAAGGUUGAAAGGAAGUUAGGUAAAGGUGGUUUUGGACAGGUGUUUUUGGGUCGUCGUCUUACUGGCGGGAAUGAGCGUGCUAACGGUCCCUUGGCUAUGGAGGUUGCGCUGAAGUUUGAGCAUAGAAAUAGCAAAGGCUGUAGCUAUGGUCCUCCGUAUGAGUGGCAAGUUUACAAUACUCUUGGUGGCAGCCAUGGAGUGCCCAGAGUGCAUUAUAAAGGAAGGGCAGGAGACUAUUAUGUUAUGGUUAUGGACAUGCUAGGGCCUAGUUUAUGGGAUGUAUGGAAUUCCUCUGGACAAUCAAUGUCUGCAGAAAUGGUGGCCUGUAUUGCAGUUGAGUCUUUGUCAAUUUUGGAAAAGCUGCACGCAAAAGGAUACGUGCACGGAGACGUAAAGCCAGAAAACUUUUUACUUGGCCAGCCAUCAACGCCGCAAGAGAAGAAGUUGUUUCUAGUUGACUUGGGACUGGCCACAAAGUGGAGAGACACUUCAAAAGGGCAGCACGUCGGAUAUGAUCAGCGUCCCGACACAUUCAGAGGGACUGUCCGGUAUGCAAGUGCGCAUGCUCACUUGGGAAGGACUGCCAGUAGAAGAGAUGAUCUGGAAUCACUUGCAUACACACUAAUUUUUCUUCACAGAGGGAGGCUGCCAUGGCAGGGUUAUCAGGGUGAUAACAAAUCAUUUCUUGUCUGCAAAAAAAAGAUGGCAACAUCUCCGGAGAUGCUGUGUUGCUUCUGCCCUGCACCUUUUAGAGAAUUUCUUGAUACAGUAAUUAACCUGAAAUUUGAUGAAGAACCAAAAUAUUCAAAGUUAAUCUCUCUAUUUGGGAGCUUGCUUGGAGCUGAUCCUGCUAUAAGACCGAUCAACACUGAUGGUGCCCAAAAGGUUAUCCAGGUCGGCCAAAAGCGGGGGAGGCUGACUUUAAAUGAGGAAGAAGAGCAGCCUCAGAAGAAGGUUCGCAUGGGAGUUCCUGCGACACAAUGGAUAUCAAUUUACAAUGCCAGAAAGCCUAUGAAACAGAGGUACCAUUAUAAUGUUGCAGACCAAAGAUUGGCACAACACGUGGAGAAAGGGUCUGUGGAUGGUUUGUCUAUAAGUUGUGUAGCAUCGUGUUCCAGCUUAUGGGCUAUUAUCAUGGAUGCUGGAACGAACUUCACCAGCCAAGUUUAUGAGCUGUCGCCUUUCUUCUUGCACAAGGAGUGGAUCAUGGAGCAGUGGGAGAAGAACUAUUAUAUUAGCUCUCUUGCAGGUGCCACCAAUGGAAGCUCUUUAGUAGUAAUGUCAAAAGGCACACAGUUCACUCAACAGUCUUAUAAAGUGAGUGAGUCGUUUCCCUUUAAGUGGAUAAGCAAGAAGUGGAAAGAAGGGUUCCACGUGACCUCCAUGGCAACUGCUGGCUCUAGGUGGGCUGUUGUUAUGUCACGCAAUUCAGGCUUCAGUGACCAGGUGGUAGAGCUCGAUUUUCUUUAUCCCAGUGAAGGCAUUCACAAGCGGUGGGAUAAUGGUUAUCGUAUUACUGCAACAGCUGCUACGGCAGACCAAGCUGCCCUUAUCCUGAGUGUGCCUCGCCGAAGACCUGGUGAUGAGACUCAGGAAACUCUGCGAACAUCUCAGUUUCCCAGCACACAUGUCAAGGAGAAGUGGGGAAAGAACCUCUAUCUUUCUUGUCUAUGCUAUGGGCGCACUGUAUCUUGAAAAAUUUGUGACCAAUUGUUGUAAACCUGACAAUGUAUUGUAUCUCCUCUUUUUCUUUGUUUCAUUGUCAAUUGUAAAAUCGAUGGCAAGGUCAGAUGCCUUUGAAUGUCAUGCACAGGAAAUUUUAGUUGUCCUAGCUGUUUAUGUUAGCUGGUAUGUAUAGCAGCUUUUUGCUAUGAUGUCUCUGAUAUCCAAAGUUACAGAAAAAUUGUCUGCAGCAAAACUAAUCGUUUAGAUUUUGCAGCAAAAUUUCAUCGUGUGCUCGUAUUGCUGGAAAAAGUAUUGUAUUUUAACCUA